AUGGUGGCUUCUGCCGUAGCUGGUGGUGCUACAUGUGUUCAACUACGGUUAAAGGAUGUCAGUACUGGUGACUACGUUAAGUUGGCUAAGGAGACUAAGAAGUUAAUGCCUCGUCAUGUUCCUCUCAUUAUAGACGACCGCGUGGAUGUUUGUAUGGCUAGUGGUGCUGAUGGAGUUCAUGUUGGUGACACGGAUAUGUCUGUUAAGGAUGCUCGCUCUAUUAUUGGUCCUAAUAAGAUUCUAGGCGUCUCCACGUAUGGCCGUCAAGAAGACGCUAUUGCUGCCAUCAGGGAUGGUGCAGAUUACAUCGCUACUGGUGCUGUUUACCCGACAGUGACCAAACCGGGUGCGGUUGCACAGGGCUUAGGCCAGAUUGAUAUCCUCAAGGCAGCUCUGAAGGCCACCGGGAAGACCCUACCUAUUGUGGCCAUCGGUGGCAUUAGUCCCGUCACUGCAACUGACUGUGUUCAGAGGGGCGCUGAUGGUGUCUGUGCUGUGAGCCAGAUCUUUGACUCGUGGGAGUCGCCUGAGUCACGUGCUAGGAAGUUCCUCAAGUCGUACUGUUCUGGUAUGGAGAUAAGGUCAAAGAUGAGCACACAUAAGCAAUACGACAGCGAUAUGGUGACGAGUCUGUGGGCUAAGCUUGCUGCUAUGAACCCCCUCACCCAAUGUAUAACCAAUUACGUGUCGAUGAACUUCAUGGCUAACUCCCUCCUGGCCGCUGGAGCCUCUCCAGCAAUGGCCCACGCUAAGGAAGAGGCCCCACAGUUCCUUGAUAUGGCUUCGGCCCUUAACGUGAAUAUCGGCACACUGUCUAGCAAUUGGGUUGAAUCGAUGAGGUUGUGUGCUAAGAAGGCUAAUGAGAUUGGCAAGCCGUGGGUGUUGGACCCA